AUGGGGUCUGUUCACUCGUCUAUUCUUCUUUUUAUCAUCUUCCCCCUCUACGGAGCAAUUACAGCGAAGGGAGACUCCAUACUGGUAUACUUAAAGGUUGAUACUGCCACUGGACUAGAUUUAAAAUACCUUGAGAGAGUAAAUGGUAAAUGGAAGGACGUCACUACUACAGAGUUUUAUCAGAAAGUUGGAGGUAUGAGAAUGAAGAAAGAAGAGUCUCAAGAGAAAGAGAAGGCAAAACAUUUAGAACGUGCAAAGGAUGAAUUUCAGAAGAGAGAAAAUUUUCCACCAGUUACUAAAGUAGAAGAGCCCGAGCUACCAGAGAAUUCUGAAGAUGACAAGCCAGAGGUUGCUCCAUCUCAAGGGGAUGAAGGACCAAGUCUUACUGAAACACCUAAAAAUAAUCUUAAAGGUCAAUCUUCCCCUCUUGAGACUACACAACAAGGUGGUCAACAGGAGGAUAAACUAGAUGUAGCUUCUGAAGUUAAGCAGGAACAAAAGCCAGCCGCAAACCUUCAGAGUAGUAGCAAGGGAGCACUAAAUGGUACAGAGAAUAAGAACCCUCCAGAGCCUACACACCCAGAAAGUUCCCUGACUUCCAAGGUAGACUCUACUCUCUUUAAUGUCCUGUGCUCUGUUGAGGAUAAUGUCAAGGUUCUUAAACUCACAAUCAAGGAGGGUACCUCUACAAACAGGCUUUUAUACGAUAGUCAGACAGUUUGGGAAGAUAAGAAAAAGUCAUGUCUCUCAGCUGUCUUAUAUAUGGAUGGAGAGAAGCCCACUCUUGCAGUACUUGUUACCAAUGAUAAGAAGAACAAGGAGGGGAGAGUCUACAAGUACCAUGAUGGUAAGAAGUGGAAGAAUGGUAAUGAGAGUAAUCAUAAGAAGAAACUCAAGGAACUGCAAGAUGCCGCUAAACCAAAAGAAUCUACAGAAACAGUCGGAGAUAAUGUAGAAGAAAAGGCUAAACCUGCUGAUAAGCCGGAAGAAACUCCUGCUCCUGAAAAAUCCCCUGAAUCAACUGAAUCUAAGGAAGUCUCUCCAGAAGCUUCUCAAGAUCUCAGCACUAAUAAACCUGAUACUGAUGAAUCCCCAGUUGUCCAACAGAAUACUUCUACAUCUACUCAAUCACCUCAAGGUGGACAAGCUACCGCUAAAUCUGCUCAACCUGAUCAAAAGACUACUGAAUCUGCCAAAAAGGGACAAGGAGUUAAGGUUAAACCCGUAGAAUCUCCCGUUCCUACACCUAAGGAGGAAGUCUCUCCACAAGAUAAUGGAACCAGUAAACCUGCUACUGAUGAAUCUCCAGUUCCUCAAUCAACUAGACCAAGUGGUCCUGUCCUGGAUCUUGCUAAUCCUGAUGAGUCCAAAGUGAAUAUGAGUACAAAUACACAUAGGGGACUAACUAUCGAGGACUAUACUCCAAAGGAUGCUGUCCUUAUAACAUCUGUUGUUGAUGGUCCGACUUCUAUAUGGACUGCUUCUGGAAAUGAAAAGUUUGUAUCUGCGAAAUACGCACACAGGGGUGGAUGUUCUCAAGGGCUUGAGAUUAAGAUAAAAGAUGGUAAUGAUACUAAGACGAAAAAAUUUGAAGAGAAGGCCGAUGGUAAAUGGGCCCAAAAAUGA